UCAAGGGGGGCGUGUGCAGGCUGCCUUUGCUUUGUUGUCUCUCCCCCACUCUUUCCUCCUCAGCCCGUCAAACGAUGGACGAUAGCCCUCUGCAGGUGUUGUCUGUGCCCACUGCCCCAUACCCAGACCAGAGGCCUGGGACCAGUGGUUUGAGGAAGAAGGUCUAUGUUUUCCAGUCCAACAGGGACUACCUCCAAAACUUCAUUCAGAGCGUCCUCUCCUCCAUAGAUCUGCGUGACCGCCAAGGAUCCACCCUAAUUGUCGGUGGAGAUGGGCGCUACUUCAACCGGGUGGCCAUCGAGGUGAUUGUGCAGAUGGCAGCAGCAAACGGGGUAGGUCGUGUCAUAAUUGGUCAGAAUGGGAUCAUGUCCACGCCGGCCGUGUCAUGCGUGAUCAGAAAGAUGAAAGCCAUCGGAGGUAUCCUACUUACAGCUAGCCAUAACCCCGGGGGCCCCAAUGGGGAUUUUGGCAUCAAGUUCAAUAUAUCCAAUGGUGGCCCUGCUCCAGAAGCCAUCACAAACAAAAUAUUCCAGCUCAGCAGGACCAUUGAGGAAUAUGCCAUAUGCUCAGAGCUCAGGGUGGACCUGGCCACUCUGGGGAAACAAACAUUUGACCUAGAAAACAAAUUCAAACCCUUCACAGUGGAAAUUGUGGAUCCAGUCGAAUCGUAUGCAAACAUGCUGCGAAAUAUAUUUGACUUUGCUGCACUGAAGGAAAUGCUUUCAGGUCAUAACCACAUAAAGAUCCGUCUUGACGCUAUGCAUGGAGUAAUGGGGCCCUACCUGAAGAGGAUGCUGUGUGAGGAACUUGGCUGCCCUGCCAAUUCAGUCAUCAACUGCGUCCCACUGGAGGACUUUGGGGGACAGCAUCCUGACCCAAACCUCACCUACGCUGCAGAGCUUGUCGCAUCCAUGAGGAGUGGCCAGUAUGACUUUGGGGCAGCCUUUGAUGGUGAUGGCGAUCGUAACAUGAUCCUGGGGAAGCAUGGCUUUUUCGUCAACCCAUCAGACUCUGUGGCUGUCAUCGCUGCAAAUAUUUUCUGCAUACCUUACUUCCAGCACACGGGGGUGAGAGGGUUUGCAAGGAGCAUGCCAACAAGUGGCGCCCUUGACAAUGUGGCCAAGGCCACCAAGAUUCAGCUGUAUGAAACACCGACAGGCUGGAAGUUCUUUGGGAAUCUGAUGGAUGCCGGCAAGCUUUCCUUAUGUGGCGAGGAGAGUUUCGGCACAGGCUCCGAUCACAUUCGUGAGAAAGAUGGGCUGUGGGCUGUGCUGGCAUGGCUCUCCAUCUUGGCCACCCGGCAACAGAGUGUGGAGGAGAUUGUGACUGAGCACUGGCAGACAUAUGGGAGGAACUUCUUCACCAGGUAUGACUAUGAGGAAGUGGAUAUUCUCUCAGCUGUUGAGAUGAUGGAAGAUCUAGAGGCCAUGAUGUCUGACAAAGCAUUCACUGGACAAAGUUUCUCAAUGGAUGAAAAGACGUACAAGGUUGAAAGGGCAGACAACUUUGAGUACAAUGACCCAGUGGAUGGAAGCAUAUCAAGGCAUCAGGGUUUGCGAAUAAUCUUUUCAGAUGGUUCCCGUGUCAUCUUUCGCUUAAGUGGAACAGGCAGCUCUGGGGCCACUAUUCGCCUCUAUGUUGACAGCUAUGAAAAUGACGCAAGAAAAAUAUUCCAAGACUCACAAGUGAUGUUGGCCCCUCUAGUGAAUCUGGCUCUCAAGCUGUCGAUGCUUCAAGAGAGGACGGGUCGCAGUGGCCCCACCGUCAUCACAUAGGCCUUGGCCCUACCACUUUCAAUAGGCUACUCACCGUCAUCACAUAGGCCUAGACCUACAUUUUUCAAUAGGCUACACACCAUCAUCACAUAGGCCAAGGCCCUACAUUUUUCAAUAGGUUACACACCGUCAUCAGGCCUAGGCCCUAACACUUUCAAUAGGCUACACACAGUCAUCAGGCCCUAACACUUUCAAAUCAUCACAUAGGCCAAGGCCCUACAUUUUUCAAUAGGUUACACACCGUCAUCAGGCCUAGGCCCUAACACUUUCAAUAGGCUACACACAGUCAUCAGGCCUAGGCCCUAAUACUUUCAAUAGGCUAUUUCCCUACAUCUAUUCUGAAAAGCAUACAGAAAUGUUUGACUUCAAUAAAACUAUUAUCUGACAAAAAAAGUCUAAUAACUGGUUCAAGUGACAGGCGACACGAGCAAACACAUUUCUCAUAAGUAACAGACGUCCCAAGUCUCCCGGAAGUUCCGGGAGUCUCCUGCAUAUUGAUAGCAAAGAUAAUGAAUGCGUAGCAAGAUGGGUCGUCCUAGUUCAUGUCUAUGAGGGCAAAGUGGAGUUCAGUCAGA